UGUUCACUCAUAACGAUGUCGGUUAUCCUCCUCACUCCAGCGGACACUCUGGCUGGCAGUGACACUAAGCUGACAGUGGAAGAUCUGUUUAGUCCUGAUUUCUAUGUACACAAUCCUGAGGCUCGCUGGAUCAAUGAAUCUGAGGUCAUCUACAGGAACCGCCAUGGCCAUGUUAUUAGGGUCAACAUCCUUACUAAUGAAACAGAGAUCAUCCUGAUGAACAGCACAUUUGUUGCAUUUAAAGCCACUAAAUACUCAAUAAGCCCUGAUAUGAAGUAUGUGCUUUUUGCAUAUGAUGUUAAACAGGUUUACCGGCACUCCUUCACAGCUUCCUACAUCAUCUACAAUAUUCACACCAGGGAGGUGUGGGAGUUGGACCCUCCAGAGGUGCUUAACUCCAGAUUGCAGCAUGCUGCUUGGGGAAUGCAGGGACAGCAGCUGGUGUAUAUCUUUGAAAAUAAUAUAUAUUACCAAUCAGACGUGAAGAGCAACUCACUGAGGCUGACGUCAUCGGGGAAAGAGGGUGUCCUUUACAAUGGCAUUGCUGACUGGCUUUAUGAAGAGGAGAUUUUGCAUACUCAUGUUGCUCACUGGUGGUCUCCUGAUGGUGAGCGUUUGGCAUUCCUGGUGCUGAACGACAGCCUGGUGCCCAACAUGGUUCUGCCCACCUUUACAGGAGCUACGUACCCCAAAGGCAGACAAUAUCCAUAUCCUAAGGCAGGUCAGCCCAACCCCAUGGUCAAACUCUUUGUGGUGAAUCUUUAUGGACCUACACACACCCUGGAACUCACACCCCCCGAUGGGCUCAAACUCAGGGAGCACUAUGUAGUGAUGGUGAAGUGGAUCAGUAAGACUAAGACUGCAGUCAGAUGGUUGAAUCGAGCUCAGAAUAUCUCUAUACUGACUGUUUGCGACUCGACCACUGGAGCCUGUGUCAAGAGACAUGAGGAGACAUCAGAGCUCUGGCUCUCCAAGCAGGAUCAGAAGCCUUUUUUCUCACAGGAUGGCAGCCGUUUCUUUUUAACUGUACCUGUAAAACAGGGCGGCCGUGGAGAGUUUCAUCACAUUGCAAUGUUCACCACACAGGUAAAAUCGGUUCACAGUGCAGUGCGUCACCUGACAUCAGGCAACUGGGAAGUGACAGAGAUUCUGGCCUAUGAUGAAAACUCCCAGACCAUAUAUUUCUUAAGCACUGAAGGAUCUUCAAGAAGACGGCAUCUCUUCAGUGUGUCCACAGUCGGUCUGUUCCCACGGCGAUGUCUGACCUGUGACCUGAACAAGGCCCGCUGCACGUUCUUUAGUGCUGACCUCAGUCCAACACAGCAGCAUGUUAUACUGCACUGUCAAGGACCUGGAGCCCCCACAGUGAUCAUCCACACACUCAACACAGCAAAUUAUUUGAUUCUGGAGAAUAACUCUCUCCUCAAAGCCGCUCUGAGAUACAAGAGAAUCCAGAAUAUUGAGUAUAAAACACUACAGACUGACCGCUUUGACCUGCCUUUAAAGAUUUCCUUCCCGCCAGACUUCCCUGAAUCACGCCAAUAUGGACUACUGCUGAUGAUAGACAGCAUUCCUGGUGGUCAGCAGGUGGAUGACCGCUACUCAGUGGACUGGGAUUCUGUACUGGUGAGCUCAGACAAUGUGAUUGUGGCUCGUCUGGACGGCAGAGGCAGCGGUUUCCAGGGACAAAAGAUACUACAGGAAGUGCACAAGCGUCUGGGAGUGGUGGAGCUCCAGGAUCAACUUGCCGCUCUAGAAUACUUGAUGAAAUUUCCAUACAUAGAUCAGAACAGGAUAGGAGUGUUUGGACGGGGUUAUGGAGGAUAUGUGACACUGCUGCUGGUGAAGUCCACUGAGAGUUUGUUUAAAUGUGCCGUGGCCAUGUCCCCAGUUACUGACUGGACUUUACAUGCUUCAGCAUUCUCAGAGCGCUACCUAGGAGUUCCUUUACAGGAUGAUAACAGAUACCAGUCUUUCAGUGUACUACAGAAUGUGCAGGGAUUUAGAGACCAAACUCUAAUGCUUGUACAUGGAACUGCAGAUGCAAAUAUUCAUUUCCAACACUCAGCUGAACUCAUUAAGAACCUGGUGAAGAUUGGAGCCAACUAUACACUGCAGAUUUAUCCGGAUGAGGGUCACUUCCUGUCAGAACAGAGUCGGCAGCAUGUCGCGGCAUCUCUAAGUAGCUACUUCCGAUCCUGCCUGCAGGAGGACAUCUUCCCACUCAGUGAUGAAGAAGAGGAAGAAGAGGAGUAG